CACCUCCCCUUCUAUCCCUCUGCCCCCCAAGAAUCAAUUCUUCCUCCGCUGCCUCACGGAAGCCACCGCUGGCGGAAAAGCUCCCGUCUUUGUCCCCAUUGCCCGCCGCGGCCACCCCCUCCCGGCGCCCCCGAUGAUCCCGCACUCCAUGUGACCCCCGCAUCCUCCUGUGCCAGAUUCGGCGGCUGGAGCCCGUGGCGGGUGAUUCUUGGGGCCGAAUCAUCGAGCGCCGCGUAUGAGCAGCUGGAGAUUUGUGGAGGGCUCCGACGUCUGGGUGAAUUUGGUGGCGGUCCCGGCCAAUUUCGCCAUCGCCGCGGUGGAAUUCGCGCUGUGGAGCUCCGCCUGGUGCUUCCUGGCCAUCUUCUCCGUCAACUUCUGAGCCAGAAUCUCGCGCUGUUUCUGAUUCCCAGCCUUGUGGGGGUAGCCGUCGGAGCAGAUUGGAUGAGGAUUGCUGUAACUGGGGCUGAAAUGAUUUUUUAGCUGAUUUUUAAGAGGGGAGGUCAUUUUGACUGGAUUGGGUUUGAGGAUGGAGGAGAGGCUGUAUGAUGCCGGCGACGGCUCCGCUGGCAAUCCGAGCGCCGAGGACGUCGCCGCCAACUCGAGAGGCGAGGACGUCGCCGCCAACUCGAGAGGCGACGACGACUUCAGGAGCUGCUGUGGGGACGAGGAGGAGUGGGAGGACACGGAGGAGUCCUUCACGGCCGGCGUCUCCGAAGCGGAGCUCGACGAGACUUCAGUGCGGCUCUUCUUCAAGGGCGUGUCGAGCUCGGACACUGAUGGGAAGAAGCUGUCCGGGAUCGGCGUGGUGAUGGAGCGGACACCUGGGGUGCCUCUUCAUAGGGUGCAGAAGAAGCUGGAUUUCUAUGUGGAUGAGCUGGUGGCUGAGCACUUGGCGCUCAUGGAUGGCCUGUUGGUGGCAUUGCAGAAGGGCAUACGCAAGAUCUUCGCCUUCACUAAUUCGGAGAAGCUAUACUUCCAGAUUGCAGAAGCUGAAAUUCUUGAAGACCAGCUUUUGGUAGCUUUAGGACACAGGAUUCUUGAACUGGUUGAGAAGUUGGAGGACUUUGAUCUAAUAUUGCUUCCUAGCUUUGAACUUGAGAGGCCGUUGAAGUUGGCCAAAGAAGCAAUAGGCAUCGUGUAUGUAUCUCCCUAUGAGGUUGCCACCUGCCCGCUAUGCUGCGAGGAAAGACGAGGUUCUCAUAUGAUCAAGGUGGGCUGUUCCCACAAAUUUUGCUACAGUUGCUUGAUUGUGUAUGUCGAAGACAGGCUGCAUGCCUCGAAGCUGCCUAUUAGAUGCCCACAGUUAAGGUGUAAAUAUCAUAUUUCUGCUGGCGAGUGUAAAUCAUUCCUUCCGGUUGGCAGCUACGAGUCCCUGGAGAGCGCUUUCGCGGUGGCUGGCAGCACCUAUGACAUGGAGGGGUUCUAUUGCCCCUAUCCAAACUGUUCGGUUUCGUUAGACCUCAGUCAGCACUUCUCUAGGGCAAGCUCGUCCAGUCAGUCGGAUCUCAAUUGCAUCGAGUGCCCGGAAUGCCACGGAGAUAUCUGUAUCAACUGUGGAGUGCCUUGGCACAUCAUGAUGGGGUGUGACGAGUACCAGAGCCUGCCUGUCGAGGAAAGAGGCGCAGGAGACUUAUCUUUGCAUCGGCUAGCACAAAACAAUAGUUGGAGGCGUUGUCAGAGGUGCCGACGGAUGAUCGAACUCACGCAGGGCUGCUUCCACAUGACUUGCUGGUGUGGCCAUGAGUUCUGCUACUCCUGUGGCGCCGAGUACAACAACGGCGUGCAGGCAUGUCAAUGCGUCUUCUGGGACGAAGACAACGCCGAGCCCUCGGCGGCGCAGUCCUGCCAGGCGUCUGAGAUCUGGGCGUGGGACACGUUCGACUGCAUGCCCACGGCAGCGGACGGCUACUCGGAGCAGGAGCGGGCGCAGCUGGCGCUCAUCCAGCGGUUCCUGGCGGGGGGCUUCAGCCUGAGCGGCGACAACCACCACCUGAGCCAGCAGUCGUCGCCGCCCCGCUGCGCGGCGGACUCGUACAUCGUCGACACCAUGAAGGACCUCCACCAGCUGCCGUGGCUCGAGCGGUUCGUGUCGGUGAUGAGCGACACCUACAACGACGACUACAUCCAGUGAAUGAAGAGUUUGAAACUUGAAUCAUAGAUAUAGCAUUAGAAAGAAGAUAUGAAUGGCGCAUAUACCGAUGAUCUCCCGUUCGGAAUAAUGUGUUCCCCUGACAAAAAAAUCCACCCUGUCGAAAAUUGGUUGACACAGGAAAAACAAAAUGAUACUUCCACCUUUGUUUGUUUUUUUGUUGUUGUUUGCUUGGCUGUCCCUCCAUUAUUCAUUCUCUUUUGGUAUGUUCUGCAACAGCAAAGAAGCUUGGUUACCUACCA